AAUGAAAAGAAAAAUAAACAAAAAAAUUCCUGAAAUUCAGGUACACACAUACAUAACACGAAUAAUAAUCGAUAGUAUCGUUCGAUAUGUUCGAAUUAAUGCAUGCGCUCUUUGGCCAGCUGAUUCGAAUUUAAAUUUUUUUUUUCAAAGAAAAAAGUUUAAAUUUUAUCCGAUAAAAAUGUCUUUAAAUAAUAAUAAUAAUAGCAGUAAUGGUGGUCAACAACAAGAACCAUCGAUAAGUUUUAGUGAAUUACGUGAUGCAUUAAUUGGACCCGAACGAAGAUAUCGUGAAAAUAUGUUAGUACCAAAUGGUUAUUUAGGUGCUGAACCAUUAAAACCGGAUAAUCAAAGAAUGGUUGAAAAUUUUUUCGAAAGUUGUGUAUUCAAAACAACGCUCAGUUGUGUAGCUGGUUUUGGUCUUGGAGCAGCUAUUGGGCUAUUCACAGCAAGUGUUGGACCUGAACUGGCACCGUUGAAUGCACCAAAACAAACUGUUCGUGAAGUUUUACGCGAAAUGAAAUCCAAAUCAAUGUCAUAUGCAAAGAAUUUUGCAAUGUUAGGUGCAAUGUUUUCAGCUACUGAAUGUGCUAUCGAAUCGUAUCGAGCAAAAAAAGAUUGGAAAAAUGGUACAAUGGCCGGUGGUGUUGUUGGCGGUAUGCUUGGUUUACGUGCCGGUAUUAAAGGUGGUUUAUUAGGUGCAGCAGGUUUUGCUGCAUUUUCAACAUUAAUUGAAUAUUAUCUGGAUUAAGUGUAAGGCAAGAAAAUCAUAAUAAUAAAAAUGUAAAUAUUUUUUU